GCAAAUUGGGAUACACUAGCUCACAUUCUUAAAUGAAAGCACUGGUACAACCCUGAGUUUUGGUAGCCUUUUGUUCUCGUACCACCACUGCACCAUGGAGUCCCCUCUACGUUCGCCGACGUUCGACACGUUCAAUAUCAAUACCGAGAAACCUGAAGGUUCUCACCGGAGCUCCUACGUGCUACGUUCUGCCUCCUACAGAUCUCGGUUCAGCGCAUCCAACCCUCUGCCCAGUCCCCAACAAGCUUUCCUCCCGGAAAGCUUGUAUGAAUCAGGACCUCCCUCUGCAAAAUCCCCGUCAAGGGUGUACAACUCCUCGACACUGAUUUCCAAAUCUAACCCAUUUGUUUCUGCUUACUUUUCCGUGAGUUGGAUGAUGGGUUUUCGGGAGAGAUAUAGCCUCUUGUAUGCGUUCAUCUUUGGAGGUGCCCUCUUUGGAUUCUGUCUUGCCCGUAGUCUUCUUAUGGACCCCGUUAAAAUGCGCCGAUUGACUGUCCCGGGUGAAUUUUUCUGGUUCGAGUUACCGCUUUACAAGUACAACUACAUUAUCCACAUCUACCUCAGUAUCAUUGGUGGAAUAUUCUCAGGUGCUCAAUUCGUUCCCGCGAUACGGAGGAACUAUUUUCUCCUGCACCGCCUCAACGGCUACUUGGUCCUCAUCACUGUCUUCGUCUCAAAUGUCUGCGGCGCAAUCGUCACUCGCAGAUCGUUUGGUGGUGAACUGAACAGUCAAGCGGUUUACUAUAUCAUGGCCAUCAUGUCCAAUUUUUCUUUAGUAUGGGCGUACUUGAACGUGAAAAGGAAUACGAGGACUCACAGGAGGUGGAUGAUGCGUGGAGUGGUAUAUUUUUCUAUCGUAAUUUCUGCAAGGGUUAUUGGACUGGCUGCGCAGGCUAUCGUGACCGAUAUCGGGAGCUAUUAUUCGCUCUGGCGCUGCGACGAAAUCUUAUUCGUCCUCAAAGAUCUUUCCACACUUCUCACAUCCUACCCACAGUGUUCAUCAUCCUCUUCUACCCUCACGCAUCCGACAUUAUAUGUCCCUGUCCAUGCCUCAGAUAACGAGGGUGUAUUAGGCCAUGCGUCUGCGGUUCGUGCGACGCAGGGGAUGGUUUUGUGGGUUGCUACGCUGAUUCAUGUUGUUGGAUGCGAGAUAUAUCUACGGUCGACCGAGGCAGCCAACUCGCAAAGGUACGGUUACGCGUUGGAACAUAAGGAAUUUGAUCCUGAUAAGGACGCGAAUAAUGUAAAUUAUUGAUUUGUCUGUUGUGGGAAUCUGUUUGAGGUGGGGUUUCCUAAGUGCAGUGAUCAUGAUGUUUGGACACGGCGGACUUUUCACCAACUUUUCACAGUUAGUUAUAUCAUAAAUCAAAGAGGCUUGUCAAGUCGCACCUUCUUGGACCAGGGCUGCUCAAUUAUUAAAAUGUCAAUAUUUUGACCGUCCGUCAUGUCCGAGCUUGAAAUCGUAGCCAAAUGGUCAGUUGAGUCAGUUGAUGAUA